AUGACGGACGCCAAGCCUGGCGAAAGCGCUGGAUCACACCUGCAACCUGCACCUCGUUCGCGCGUCGUACGAUAUGCGCUAAGACCGGUUCUGCUGGCCCAGGAACGACAUCCUGCCCUCGAGAUCGCGAUCUCCAUCCCGUAUCCUGAGAGUUUCGGUCCGCCCAUCGAGUGGGAAACCCGUCCAGGGCACUGCAUGUAUCCCACUGGUCAACAGGGCCUGCCUCUGGCAGCUGCAAUGCCGGGGCUGCCAUUUUCCAAUGUCAUGUCCCAGUCGCCGGUCGCACCGCUGGCUAUGACCAACCAAAUGGACCUUGACAUGGCCGACCUAGGGUCGCAGCCCGUCACCGAUCCCUCGGGGGCUGUAAAGGCCUUCCCACAUCUUCCCGGCGCCGUCACUUCUCUUUCCGAUCAGUCUUCAGCCCUUACUGCUCCUAAUGCUUCGCUUUCCUCGGGAACAAUGGGCGGUCAGAGCCAGAUGACGAACGUUGGCGCCGGCCCUGUGCCCACUGGCUUUGGGUUUCAAACUAUGGGUGGUGGCGCCAACGCGGGUAGCACUCUCACUGAAUUUACCAAGCGGCGGAACUGGUCGAAGUUGGUGCUCGAGGAACUGAGGGAUGUGAUGAUGGUCCUCAGCGCAGACGGACGCAUCCAGCACGUCAGCCCCAGUUCCAAGUCGUUGAUGGGAUACGAAUCAUACGCUCUGCUGGGCAAGUUCCUUGGAGACUUCAUACACCAGGAUGACAAGAGUAUGUUCAUUCGCGAGUUCAACGAGUCGAUCGCAAGCGGUAACCAGAUGCGCUUUUUCUAUCGUCUGAGGAGUUUCGAUGACACUUACAAGAUCUUCGAGGCUUUCGGCCACCCGCACCACAGCUCAGACGCCUUUGCCUUCACGAGCGGAAGAGGAGGAGCCCCAUAUUGUCGAGGCUAUUUCCUGAUGUCAAGGCCAUACCCUACUAAGAAUGCAGCAUUGUUGGAUUCCUUUCUUGAGCACAAGAUUGAAAAUGAGCGGCUCUUGAAGCGUAUAGCUGAACUAAAGAAAGAAGAGCAAGAGGAAGAAGCAGAGCAAGAGUCUGCCUGGCGCAGCCAAGAACAGGACGGCACCACCGUGUCGGAGAGUCUACGAACCGAUGGGUUCGACUUGAACUCUAGCAAUAUCCAGCAUGAUGGCAUGCCACCUCCCGCACGUCCCAUUCCUUCCAGCAACGCCCUUACGAGACAGAAUCUUAACGAGGCCCUUGCAAGUGCCCGGCCAGAUAGUAUCAACGACAAGAUGGCACGAUACGAAGGGGCGACACACAUUGAGACGAUUGAAAUGCUCACAGGACUGCGGUAUCGCGAUGGGGAACGUUCUCAAGGAAUAAGCACAGGUGCCCCAAGCCCAGCCUUGAUACGUGGCGAUGCCGGCAUUGCAAUUCUAGCAGAUCGGGAGAGCAGAGUCAAUGUGGACCGCAAAAAGAAGAACAAGGUUGCAGACGAGUACGUCUGCACGGAUUGCGGAACUUUGGACUCGCCGGAGUGGAGGAAAGGACCGAACGGCCCGAAGACGCUCUGUAACGCUUGUGGACUGCGAUGGGCGAAGAAAGAAAAGAAACGACAGCAACAAAAGUCGGGUACGGGAGGCAGUGCGCAGCCCAACUCACUACAGAAAAGCAUGUCUACGAGCGGAUAGCGAACCUCUUGCACCAUUCUUUAACGGCGCUCUCUCUCUCAAUCUCUGUCUGCCUCUACCUCUAUAGCCCUGACUCCAUUUACAACCAAGAUACCCACGAUAGGUUUUAGGAACCCAGAAAUUUAAGAGAUGAUAAAUGAACUUUACGUGUUUGUUUCUAUAGCUGCUCAAGGUGGCUGUGGCUGAGACGACUAUAUUUGUUACACACCGUACUUUGUACUUCCAGGAUUCAGUCAAGAGUGAAAGGAUUAUGAACACUUUCGGAGAAAAAUAUGGUAUUAGACCAACAUUUUGUCGGCGUGCGGGAAUGGAAUCGUAGCCAUCUACACCGGCCCUAGAAAACUAGGUGCAGGAGAUGCACUCGAGUCAUUUAGAUUGAUCAAUCUGUACAAGAUCGUACCAAGUUUUGAGAACCCGCGUUGCUACUGCGAAAAUAACUGUCAAAAUAAGGGGAAGCACAUGGCAAGUUCGCGAGUACACAAUUCACAUAGUCCGCACAGAUGACUGAAUACGCAUACCGCAAUGAAAAUGGCUAGCUACGAAUAUCCAGACAGGAGAAAAAGUGUCACCAAACGCCAAUAAAUGGUUCACAUUUCAGGGUGUAAAAAGACGAAAGUGGACUUACUGGGCUAGAAGACUUCAGGCAAAAAUGGCUCACGUGAUUUAGGCAACGAGGCAGAAACUGGGGGUGAUCGCUUUUCGUCGGCGCUGCCUGAUACUGCACUAGAACAACUACACGCACGCCA